UGAUAAGAAUCCAAUUGCUAUGAUUCUAUGACAAAAUACCCUCUCCCAAAAGUAAAGUGGAAAAACACAUCCCCGUGACUAUAUGGAACAAUCCAAUCUGGUUCACGGGUUUCUCUAAAACUUGAUAUAUAUACACCUUCUCAAUUCUCAUGCACAUUCAUUUCAACACCACAAACACAUACAAACAUACAUAAAAAGAAAGAGGAGGCUAAAAUGGCGAGCAAGAAGACGGCUAUGGCUAUGAUGGUGAUGAUCGUGGUGGUGAUGGCUAAGUUAGUCGAUAGGUCAGUUGCGAUUGACCUCUGUGGUAUGACACAGGAUGAGUUGAAUGAGUGCAAACCAGCGGUUAGCAAGGAGAAUCCAACAAGCCCAUCACAGCCUUGCUGCUCCGCUCUACAACACGCCGAUUUCACCUGUCUUUGUGGCUACAAGAACUCUCCAUGGCUCGGUUCUUUCGGUGUUGAUCCUGAACUCGCUUCUGGUCUCCCCAAACAGUGUGGCCUAACCAACGCCCCAACUUGUUAAAUAAGCUUGGUUUGUGUGUAUGUAUUUCUCCUAUUCUAAAUAUCGGAUGUUAUUUGUCCUUUUUAUAAAUCGUAUUUUAAGCCAAA